AGUAUCUCCUCCUCUUUGCUCCGGCAUCAAGACUGGUGUGUGUCGACCUUGUUUCAGGGCGACGAGCUUACCCGAAAAAAGAAGAAAAAAAAAAAGAAAACAAUUUGCAGGGUUUACAUUUGCCCGGUCCGGCACGCAUCUAUCUUCUUCUCGCCUCCCCCUUCUUCUUCUUUUUCCGGGAUAACCUUAAAGCAUAGAUUUUUUUUUUUUUUUUCACCGUCAAAAUGUGUCAGGGUGAAAUGGGUAGCUACCCUGCUUUCGUGAGCUAGGCGGACAAAUUCCUUCCAACCAGUUCGCCGCUUCAAUCACUGCGGGUUCACACAGCAUUUAGCCGAGGCGUUGUUUAAGCGAGCUAGCGGGUUUAGCAGCAAAGGGGGGGGGGACGCCGUUACGUGUAAAGUGUGCUAACGUCGGCUAAUGUAGUUACUUACGGACGCAUCGCUGCGGAUAGUGCAUUAAACGCGUAUCCCUCCUACUGUAAGCUUUAUUACUACUUACUACUUUUCACCAAGCUGACGUCGGAAGAGACUGCACAAGAUCAACUGGUCCUGGGGGGUGUUUUUCUUUUUUUGUUGGAUGUCGCGACACUGCAGUUUUGAACCCCUUUUUUUUUUUUUUUUGGUGGAUUGUGUGAAGAUUGAAUUGGACCAAAAGUGAGACCGUAAGAUAACAUUUUGGGGGACGCUUAAGUAACAGAUGGUUUAACUGUCUCAACAAAGUGUUAAGUGGCUAAUCUGUUGCAGUGAAUUUAACUGUGUUUAAAGGCAGCGCAACCCCCCGGAGAAGAAGGCCCCACCAGUCUCCUAGGCUUGCCUUCCCUUGUUUGAGUCUCCCGUGAUUUAGCCGAGAACUAACCCGGGUGAAGUCGCAGUUAUUCUCGGCUUGGGGGGACAACUUGACAGCGAGGCCCCAAAGCUAGUCUCCCCCUCCUCUCCCUUCCCCCCCCCCCAUCAUCACCCCUCGUCUUGUCCAUCAAUUCCGUCAAUCUAAAAGGCAGACCACCUCCUCCUCCGCCUGAAACCGAAGCCGGAGGGGGGGAAAAAAAAAAGACUUUUGAGCUGAACUAGUGGGGCAAAGCGUUGCACGACCGUGUCCUCGUCUGAAAACCGGGGGCUGAUAAAAAGGCAGAGGGGAUGACUCUGGAGUCCAUGAUGGCUUGCUGCCUGAGCGAAGAGGCGAAGGAGUCGAAACGAAUCAAUGCAGAAAUUGACAAACAACUCCGCCGAGACAAGAGGGACUCCCGAAGAGAGCUGAAACUACUACUCCUCGGUACGGGAGAAAGUGGCAAGAGCACAUUCAUCAAGCAGAUGAGGAUCAUUCACGGUGCGGGGUACUCAGACGAAGACAAGAGAGGCUUCAUUCGGCUUGUUUACCAAAACAUCUUCACCUCCAUGCAGUCCAUGAUCCGCGCCACUGAGACCCUCAAGAUCCCCUACAAAUUUGAGCAGAACCGGUCUAAUGCCAUGCUUGUGAAGGAGGUGGACAUCGAGAAGAUCAACGGCUUCGACCAGCACUACAUCGUAGCUGUCAAAUGCCUGUGGUCCGACCCCGGGAUCCAGGAGGCCUAUGACCGCCGCAGAGAGUACCAGCUCUCUGACUCCACUAAAUAUUAUCUUUCCGAUCUGGAUCGUAUUGCAGAUCCCAGCUAUCUUCCAACUCAGCAGGAUGUGCUCAGGGUGCGCAUCCCCACCACAGGAAUCAUAGAGUACCCGUUCGACUUGCAAAGCAUCAUUUUCAGAAUGGUUGAUGUUGGGGGUCAGAGGUCAGAGAGGAGAAAGUGGAUUCACUGCUUUGAGAACGUCACCUCCAUUAUGUUCCUCGUGGCGCUGAGCGAGUACGACCAGGUCCUGGUAGAGUCCGACAAUGAGAAUCGCAUGGAGGAGAGUAAAGCUCUCUUCAGGACAAUCAUCACCUACCCCUGGUUCCAAAACUCCUCCGUCAUCCUCUUCCUGAACAAGAAGGACCUGCUAGAGGAGAAGAUCUCCUACUCUCACCUGGUGGACUACUUCCCUGAGUUUGAUGGUCCCCAGAGAGAUGCACAAGCAGCGCGGGAGUUCAUCCUCAAGAUGUUUGUGGACUUAAACCCAGACAGCGACAAGAUCAUCUACUCCCACUUCACGUGUGCGACGGACACUGAGAACAUCCGCUUUGUGUUUGCAGCUGUCAAAGACACCAUCCUACAGCUCAACCUCAAGGAGUACAAUCUGGUGUGAGGCUUCUCGUAUGACACCCGUCUCCUGCCCAUUGCACAACUGUUCACCUCCUCCAGGAGUGUGCGCCCAAACUCCACACGCAUUACACAGCACAUCAUGCCGGCUCACACACACACACACAAACACACACACACACACACACACACAAUCACACCAACAGAGCCCUUCAUGCCCCCCUCCAGUACUAUACAUUCACAAAUCGUCCCACCUGUAAACUCCUCCCCCCGCUUUCACCAAAGCUCCUCCUUCCUCCUUCGCUCGGCAGCUUGUUGUGUCAGAAUCCUCCUCGCUCCCCCCCAAAGCAGCUCCGUGUCAGAUUUGGCUCCGGCUGAUGCUGGCUCUGGCACAUUUCAUCUGGCACACAAACCUUUCACACGGGCUGUAUGGUGACUUAAAGGGACUUUGUUGUAUUUGUGUGUGUGUGUGUGUGUGUGUGUGUGUGUGUUUUCGGAGCAGCAUUGACUAGCGAGGAGCUGUGUUUUGGUGACUAGCGGCAUCUAACCCCUUUGGCUCUCAGGAGUUGACCCUCAGCGGUGUGAGAUCAGAUCCUCGGUCGUGUCCUUGUUGAACUCAAGUCCAAGUGAAGGGGGGGGGGGGGGAGUGGAAUUGGUACCUCCUGAAACCAAUCACGGACCAGCGAGCAUCAUCAUGCUUGUAAGGACAGAGUGGCCCAUACAGGAAGCGAGGUCGACACUGGAUACAAGGGGGGGGUGGGGCUGAGGAUUCUGUCUCUACCUGGCAUCUAUGAAUGUACCCACCAGUGUGAGCAUCGCAAUCGCAAAAAAAAUAUAUAAAUAUAUAUUAUGAAGUAAAUGCAUAUGUAAACACACUUAAGAUAAAAAGCACGAGAUGGCAAGACAUAGCUAAUCGAAAUCUGUUAAUUGCUGAGAUUUUUAAAAUGUUUUUAACGAUAGAAAUUUGUUGCUACAUCUACUUCUAUUUAACAAAUAAUGGCUAAAAGGAACGGAGAUCAGAAGUGGUAAGAAAAUCUUUAAAAAAAAAAAAA